AGUUCAGAGGGGCAGAUAUCCUCCGAGACUUGAACCCACUAUUCAUCGCUCGUAUCAAGAUUGGAGGCCAGACAAAUCGUCCCCAGGACAAAGAACUCCCAUAUUCAGUUCGUCCGAAAGGCUCCCAUCGCAAACCUGAGUAUCUCAGAGGCAAACAGUCGCUUGAAAGACCUCAUCAAAAAAUACAUCAAAAAGGUUUACCCUUUCGAUCGUGAACUUCGAACUGACGAGACAGCAUAUGAAUGGUGGAGCUACCUGGACAAAGACCGAUCUGGGGAUGCCCAGCCACUCGCAUUAUGUCAGAAUUGCAAUUAUAUUGUCUCGAAGCUGAUUAUAGUCCAACCAGAGGCUUGCUGUCCGAAUUUUCUCGCUUGUACCCAACUCAAUGGCUGAUGAGCGGACUGGCUCAACAUUCACAUGGCUUAACUCACCACUUCGCAGUCGGCAGCAGGUGAAAACACUUGUCAGGACAGCUCAAAUCCGUAGUUGGUACAGAUAUAAUCCCUCUGCACCACCGCCACAAAAAAAACCAACUAUCAAAUGGCAAGAUAUGUCAUCGGCCAUUUUUGGUGGCAAGCGCAAACGAGGGAAGGGAGACGACAAUGACAGUGAAAAUUCUGAUGUGGAUGACGAUUUUGCAGAUGAAGCACCUAACGAGCCAGACGUGGAGAACAACGACUCAGAGUUGGAUGUCACUGACCCCGAGGAUAUAGCUGAAAAUGGCUCAAAAAAAGCGGAUUCUUUUGACAGCGAGGCUUUCGAUGCUGCCAGUAUCAUCAAUCUUGACUCCACGACGCUAGCUGAUGUGCUUGCUGACAAAGAUUUGGCACCCGCAGCACCGAAGAACACUGUCACUCUUCUGCCGGCAAGCACUUUGGUGCAAGAGAAGGUCUUGACCGAAGCAGACUGGGACAUGACAUAGAGUGUAGGAUAGAUCUAGACUUGUAAAUCAAGCUAAAUUUUGCAGCACCCGGAAUCGCCGGGCCGGUUUUACCGGCGGUGGAUAUCCAC